UUACAUUUCAGUCUUUGACAAAAUGUCGUGCGUGGAGAGUCGAGUGCGCGAAAUGAAAGUUCGUUUUAACGCCGACUUAUCAUAAAGGUAUAAAUAGGUCACCUUACGAAGCACUUUUUGGUUGUAAAAUGAAAGUUGGUUUAGAUACAUCAUUUCUACCACCAUAUAUUUUAAAAGAUUUAGAUGAUGAAGAGAGCCUUCUUAAUUUGGUAGAUCAAUAUUCCAUUGGCCCAACUAAUCAAGAUGACGAAAAUAAUAUUACCAAUGACGAAGAUAUUUGUACAGUUGAUAAUAAUAUAAAUACGGUAAAUUCUAAGGACGACGAAAAUAUUGCUACCUGCAAUGACGAAGAUAUUAUAAUUACGAUUAACGAAGAUAUUUGUACAGUUGAUAAUAGUAUAAAUAAGGGGAAUUAUUUGGUGUGCUCAGAAGAAAACGAUAAAAAUAUGGUUCAAUGUCUAACAUGUGAUAGCAAAAUCCAUGCGAGUGGCACAAUAUCUGUGGAGAAAGACUUGUUAUGUAAGCUUUGUAUCAGAACUAAAAAAACCGAAAACCAGCGAAGAGAAGCACAUUGUAAUUUGGAAUUACAGGCUAUAAACAUGAAAACUAGAUNUUAUAUCACUAUUCUACAGAUUGCCAAUUUGUUGUUUGUCAUUUUAUGA